AAGUAAAAGAUGCUAGCACUAUCCCCUCCAUUGUUUUCAGCUACCUAUGGAUGGCCCAUGGAGGAUCAGCUCAUUGCCAACAAUCUUCCAUAUGAUUGCAAUGAAGCAAACUCAUAUAGUUCACUUCUUGAUUUUCAUGUACAUGAUCAAAUUAACCAUAAAUCGGCACCGGAAUAUUCCACUUCUUCUGGAGGAGCUGCAAAUUGUGGUAGUGGAGACAAUAUAAAGGUGGAAAAGAAGAUCAAUCAUAAUGCAAGUGAAAGAGACCGGCGUAAGAGGGUUAACGAGUUGUAUGCGUUUCUUCGUUCAUUGCUACCCAUUUCAAGUGAUCAAAAGAAAAAAGUAAGUAUACCAGGAACAGUGUCGCGUGCGCUAAAAUACAUACCGGAAUUACAAAAGGAAGUGGAGAUACUAAAACGUAAAAAAGUACAAUUGUCGUCGUGUUCAACAUCAAUGGAUAAUACAAGGAAAGAGCAUCUUGGCAUCAAGAAACAAAGUGCUAAUGUUUCCGUGAACAUUUUGGAUGACAAAGAAGUUGUCAUUCACCUGAUUUCAUCAAGUGAUCAUAUGAGCGGGAAUACGGAGAUUAACUCAUUGUCUAAGGUUUUGGAGUACCUAGAGCAUGAAGAAUAUGGGCUUGUUUUGAAAAAUGCAACAUGUGACAAAUGUUUAGGGGAAAGGAUGUUAUUAAGCACUUUGCAUCUUCAGGUGCAAGGGGAUAACAAAAUAGAGGCUGAAAAGUUGAAGGAGACGCUCAUUGCUUUCAGCCAAUGAUUAUAUGAACAUAGAAUUAUCUGUCAAGUAAUCAACAGGCCUUUUAGUUUCUAACAUCCUUCGCACUCAGAAUCAUCGCAGUAAAAUUGGUCCAUUUGUACAUACAUACCAGCAUCCAUGGGUACCAACCGUAGGAAAUUGCCUAGCAUUUUUUCAUUGUUACAUGAUCCCAUGUAUACAUGCUUAAUAUACACAUGAAGUGUUUUUAAUUAAGAAAGGACUGUUAAAUGCAUUUUCAAACAUGUUGAAGUUGUUGCACAAACGUUUUAAAACCACAUCAGACCGAACCGUGUCUAGAAGCCUGAUUAGGCAUAACGUGAGUUAAAUUGCAAUUAUCAACUAUUAUAGUUGUGAUAAAUGAUAAUAUAUGUGUGGAAAUUUGUGUA